AUGUGCUCCUGGGAGACGCGCCACCAGCCCGCGCAGGCGCAGGCGGACUACUGGGAGACGGUCGAACAGCGCAUGGAGCGCGUCGGGCCGUUUCCGCGGUACGUCCUCAGUGAGGCCGCGUUCAACGGGCGCACUGAGGCAGUCGAGAGCGCCCUGCAGGCGAUUGACGCCUCGGUUGCCAAAGACUACUUCGCGCGGGAGGCCGAGAUAUUUUGGUGCGAGGAGAACCCGUUCAAGAAAUUUGUGAAAGUUGAGCGGGAAUGCGGCAAAUACGGGCACGAGAUCGUGAAGUUGUCAACUAUAAGCGACUACGCCGAUCAGCAGAUGGUGGACCGGCUGUGUGAGGUGCUGGGCGACGGGGGGGCGCUCUCGCUGCUGUCGGGGGCCCCCGGUGCUGCCUAG